AAUUUGCUCUGACUCUCGCUUUAUGUGAUUUAGACCAAAAAAAAAUGUCACACGUGCUUGGAAAUGCGAGUGUUCUACUUCUAAAAGACCUCCUCGUGUGAAACCGAUGGAAUGUGCGUUCCAAGAACCUAAUCAACAAAAUUAAAGAAUAUUCAUUGCUGACAUAAAACCUGGGUGGGUAUUGGUUGGCUUUUAUGACCAUACAAUUCAACCAUGCAACCUAACAAGUUUGAAUAAAAGCACACCAAAAGGUAUAUCAAAUUACUAUCAUAUACAGUAUAUAUAUAUAUAUAUAUAUAUUCACAUUCAGAAGCUUCCUUACCGCGUUUUCUAUCCCCAUCUCCACCUAAUGCCAUUCUAGCCAGCACCAUGCCGCUGAACCACCUCUGCUUCAUUUUACCGGCAGAUUUCGAUGAUCUUGAACCGUUUGAUCGUCAACAACUCCAUAAACCCAUGAAGAAGGAAUCCUCCCAUCGCCAUUGUGGGGCUCAGAUUCUUGACAUCUUUCGCCAAUCACUUUACCGGUUUCUUGAAUCGAAAUGGUUUGUUUUCUGUCACCAUGGUGCGCCCAAAAAACAACACUCGGGCGUCUUUCAUGACAUGCAAGGAGUUGAAUUAUCGGACAAGGUUGGUGGCGACAAUCCGAGGAUUUUCAGCUAUGCUGAGCUUUACAUAGGCUCAAAUGGAUUCAGUGAGGAUGAAGUGCUUGGAAGUGGUGGAUUUGGCAGGGUGUAUAGAGCUGUUUUGCCAAGCGAUGGAACGGUGGUCGCUGUCAAGUGCUUGGUGGAGAGAGGGGAGCGGUUUGAGAAGACCUUUGCGGCUGAGUUGGUGGCAGUGGCUCACCUCCGCCACCGGAACCUUGUCCGCCUGCGAGGAUGGUGUGUUCAUGAGGACCUGUUGCUUCUUGUUUAUGACUACAUGCCAAACCGCAGCCUUGACCGGGUACUUUUUCGGCGACCAGAGAAUAUGGGAUCAGGGCCGCUCAGUUGGGAACGGAGAGAGAAGAUAGUUAGAGGUUUGGCAGCUGCGCUGUUCUAUCUCCAUGAACAAUUGGAGACUCAGAUCAUACACCGGGACGUGAAAACGAGCAAUGUAAUGCUUGACUCCCAUUACAAUGCCCGGCUUGGUGACUUUGGCCUGGCAAGGUGGCUUGAACAUGAACUUGAGUAUCAAACACCUUCAAUGAAAAAUCACCAAUUUCGGUUGGCAGACACAACCAGAAUUGGUGGCACAAUUGGGUAUUUGCCACCAGAAAGCUUCCAGAAAAGAAGUUUGGCCACCGCAAAAUCUGAUGUUUUCAGCUUUGGGAUUGUUCUGCUGGAGGUUAUUUCAGGACGGAGAGCAGUAGAUCUCACAUAUCCAGAUGAUCAGAUCAUUUUGCUUGAUUGGAUCCGGGGGCUAUCUGAUGAUGGCAAGCUUUUACGAGCAGGGGAUACUCGUCUUCCUGAUGGGUCUUACAAGCUUUCUGAUAUGGAACGUUUGAUUCACCUGGGGCUCCUAUGCACACUUCAUGAUCCGUGGUCACGGCCUAACAUGAAAUGGGUAGUGGAAGCACUCUCAGGCUCUAUUUAUGGCAAAUUACCGGAUCUUCCAUCAUUCCAAUCACACCCUCUAUACAUCAAUUUAUCCUCCCAAACCAACACUAGCACUAGCAACACAUCCAACAUGAGGUCCAGCAUCGCCACCAGCACCGCAACAACAGUUGCAUUCAAUUCAUCCAACUUUGUCACAGCCAAUGGAGAAACCAUGUAUGCAACUGCUGAAUGCGGAGAUGGUGAUCAUGCCAACUCUUCAGACAAUGGCCGCCGCCGAUCAAACACUUUCCCCCUGGUUGAAACUCCAAGAGUGAUAUCCUACAAGGAAAUCAUUUCUGCCACAAACAAUUUCUCAGAUUCUCAGAGGGUAGCAGAGCUGGACUUUGGAACCGCCUACCAUGGUUUCCUUGACAACCGCCAUCACAUUAUGGUGAAAAGGCUUGGUUUGAAGACAUGCCCUGCACUCCGGGCACGCUUCUCAAAUGAAUUGCUGAAUUUGGGAAGGCUCCGCCACAGAAAUCUGGUACAACUGCGCGGAUGGUGCACUGAACAAGGAGAGAUGCUUGUUGUCUAUGACUAUUCAGCGAAUCGCCUUUUGAGCCACCUGCUAUUUCAUCAUGAGUGCAAGAAUGAACAUCCAAUCCUGCAAUGGCGUCGUCGAUACAACAUAAUCAAAUCGCUAGCUUCUGCCAUUUGUUAUCUCCAUGAGGAAUGGGAUGAACAAGUUAUCCAUCGGAACAUUACCUCUGCUGCUGUUAUUCUUGAUCCAGACAUGAACCCAAGGCUCGGUUCCUUUGCUCUUGCAGAAUUCCUGAUACGGAAUGAACAUGGCCAUCAUGUGGUCAUUGACAAGAAUAAAUCGAUCCGUGGGAUUUUCGGUUACAUGUCCCCAGAAUAUCUAGAAUCUGGUGAAGCAACUACAUUGGCUGAUAUUUAUAGCUUUGGUGUAGUGAUGCUAGAGGUGGUUAGUGGACGGAUGGCAGUUGACUUCCGCCUGCCUGAAGUGCUAUUGGUAAAGCGACUCCAUGAAUUUGAGACACAAAAAAGACCAUUUGAGGAAUUGGCGGAUCCGAAAUUGAAAGGAGAGUAUGAUCAUCAGGAACUGGUAAGGCUUCUGAAAUUAGGAAUAGCGUGCACACGCUCUAACCCAGAUUUAAGACCAAGCAUCAGGCAGAUUAUCAGAAUACUCGAUGGACAUGACGGAUGCUUCAUGGAAGAAGGGCAAAAGAAGGAACGAAAGGAAGAAUGGAAACAAAGAAAUGCUUCUUCAUUGUCACUGGUUAGGAGAAUCCAAGCUCUAGGCAUACAAUGACCCAAGAAAUAGAACAGCGAAAUAUAGAUAGAUAUUGUAUACUGUUUCUUUUACUGGUAACGUUUUUGAAUUUUUUUUCCUUUAGUUCCUGGGAAGUCGUAUAUUAUUUAGGUUUCUGGUGUUUAUAGCGAAAGAGGAGCAGACCUCUGAAUGUAUCUUUUUAACUAAGAGUGAAUCUUUGUAAAUGUCCAAGUUUGCAAAAUGUCAAAAUCCAUCACAAGUUUGGAGUA